AUGGUGGUGUUUCUUCCCUGGCUGUCCAUUAUUCUAUGGCUAGAAAACGCAAAAGCUCAACUUGAAGAUGAAGGCAAUUUCUACUCGGAAAAUGUCAGUCGUAUUCUUGACAACUUGCUGGAAGGCUAUGACAACCGUCUGCGACCAGGAUUUGGAGGUGCUGUCACAGAAGUCAAAACAGACAUCUAUGUGACCAGCUUUGGGCCUGUGUCCGAUGUGGAGAUGGAGUAUACAAUGGAUGUUUUCUUCCGCCAGACUUGGACGGAUGAGAGGUUGAAGUUUAGGGGUCCUGCUGAGAUUCUGAGCUUAAAUAACUUGAUGGUCAGUAAGAUCUGGACGCCUGACACUUUUUUCAGGAACGGGAAAAAGUCAAUUGCUCACAACAUGACCACCCCUAACAAGCUCUUCCGAUUAAUGCAGAACGGAACAAUCCUGUACACCAUGAGGCUUACUAUCAAUGCUGAUUGUCCCAUGAGGCUGGUUAACUUCCCUAUGGAUGGACACGCUUGCCCACUCAAGUUUGGAAGCUACGCUUACCCAAAAAGUGAAAUCAUAUACACAUGGAAAAAAGGGCCGCUUUACUCGGUAGAAGUCCCAGAGGAAUCCUCCAGCCUCCUCCAGUAUGAUUUGAUUGGGCAAACAGUUUCUAGUGAGACAAUUAAGUCUAACACAGGUGAAUACGUAAUCAUGACAGUCUACUUCCACUUACAAAGGAAGAUGGGCUACUUCAUGAUCCAGAUAUACACUCCGUGCAUUAUGACGGUCAUUCUCUCUCAGGUGUCCUUCUGGAUUAAUAAGGAGUCGGUCCCAGCAAGAACCGUCUUUGGAAUCACCACUGUUUUAACCAUGACCACCUUAAGCAUCAGUGCCCGGCACUCCCUGCCCAAAGUGUCCUAUGCAACCGCCAUGGAUUGGUUCAUAGCAGUGUGCUUUGCUUUUGUCUUUUCUGCUCUCAUUGAGUUCGCAGCUGUCAACUACUUCACCAAUCUCCAGUCACAGAAGGCUGAAAGAAAGGCGCAGACUCCAGCUCCGCCCCCUGUGGCUAUAUCAAAAGCCACUGAACCACGGGAAGCUGAGAUUGUCGUGUAUUCUGACUCCAAAUACCACCUGAAGAAGAGGAUCAGCUCCCUGACUUUGCCGAUCAUUCCAUCUUCUGAGGCCAGCAAAGUCCUUAGUAGAACGCCUAUCUUACAAUCAACACCAGUCACUCCCCCACCACGCUUACCAGCUGUUGGGGGCUCCAGUAAAAUAGACCAGUAUUCUCGAAUCCUCUUCCCAGUAGCAUUUGCAGGAUUCAACCUUGUGUACUGGAUAGUUUACCUUUCCAAAGACACAAUGGAAGUGAGCGGUAGUGUUGAAUAGUUUGUAGCCAGGACAACCUGGAU